GCCUAUCGUUUCUUGGAAUCGGGUGAGCCGUGAUGAGAAACUGAUCUACGGGUUUUAGCUUUGUGUUUUUGAUCUUACAACUUUGCUCCCAUCCUUUGUCUAUUUUUUUGUUACUCGGUACUUAUAUUACAUUACUUGAAGCGUAAAUGCGCAAAGACAUUAUCCGCCUGAAACCAGCAAAAUAACCAGGAAUGCGUUACAUUCUGACAGGCCCAGGCCGCGCAGCAGCUUUCUGCUGAUGUCAAAGAAUCUCCGGUCCAACGUAAAACUAUUAGGCUGGCUGCAAGGGGGGUCCCCGGGAUUUCCCUGGGGGACGCCUGACCAGGGAAGGAGGUUGGGGGGUCGCACCCUCGGUGGUUCCUUCCACGAGCACGAUCCGCUUGACAUGUGCGCGCUCACUGCCGCCACCCCCCGUGGGCUGACAGGAAACCCGCAGCUUCGCGGUUCCUGCGACACUGCAGACUGGAACCGGUGCAGCGCGUCGCCACUGGCAGUGCAGCGCGCUUACCGUGGGAUGCUUUACGUGUCUUUACAUCCCAGUGAAAAACAAUUUCCUGUUAUCUACCGACUUUGCGCCUUUGUUCCAAAGGCACUGAUCUGAAAUAUAGGGCAACCUCUAAACACGGAUGCUUUGUGUCCUAACAUUUACAUUUGCUUUCGAUAUGCAGAAUUGUAAUAGUAAUCAUAAAACGAUGCUUAGUACAAGUACGACAUAACAGAAAAUAAGCAAUCCUACAGCAUUGAGCUAUGCGCCAGUUAUAUGGCAGAUUUAAAUUUUGGUGGUUUCGUCUUAAAUAAGCAAAAUAAAAUUAGGCCUAUGUAGUAACUCCUCAAAUGAGACUUCUAUACACUAGAUUUUAAAUCAUACACCCGAUACAUUAAAUCACAUCAAUCCACAUUAGUUCUCUUGGAUUUUGACUGAGUGUUACAUUCUGAAUGUCAAUGAACAGGAUUUUUUUGCAGCCUGUUGUCAGUUAGUUGUUUGGUUUAACCGAUUAAAAUUGUUUAGGCAACAUCGAUUAGUGCGCAGUAAACGAAUUUAAAAAGUACAAUCGAACCCUAUAAGACAACAGGUCCAUUUAUGAAAAUAAAAAGUAGCUGUACUAUAAAUGUUUCUUGUUAAUUUGUAAAUACUGCGGCCGUUUCCGCCUGAAAAGCCGCAACAAAAAUUACCCACAAAUGCAUGGUUAUGUUUAAUACAGCGAAUUGUUCAAUGUGUAUCAUUCGGGAACUGUAAUUCUUUGCGGUAUUUCGCGUGGGAGGGGGCUGCCUGCAUUGUCUGGGUUGUAUGCACCGAUGCUCCGCUCAUUAUUCCACAGCAGUCUAUAUACUAUACAGGCCAGUUAGUCUCCGUAUACCGACAGCGCUUUAUCGGUCGCUCUGCACGGUGAGCGCCUUCGCGCCGCUGCCCGGCCGUCCCGUUUACCAGCGUCCCCGGGUGGGAAGCGACGGCAGCCUACGAGCGACUGACAUCGCGCCGAUUCGGAGCCGGGCGUUAAAUGGCCAUCAGGUUGGGGGCGACAGUAGCUGGGAGCCGAGCUGCAGGCGACAUGAACCACGUGUGGAUUAUAACCCUUAUACUCACUAUCAGCUUUUCCCGGUACUUGACCGGCUGCCAAGUUAAGCCCAACCCCUUUGAAAAAAUAUCCAUCGUCGACGUCACCAAAUACGAGACAGUGAUUGUCUCCUGCGGGGACCAAGGGAAGGACUCCUCUACAGACUUUGAAUUGUUCAGGUUCGAGACCAAGAUUGCUUCCAGCGACUUGGGCGAUAACCAGACCAUGGGGGCGAACCGGACCAUUGACUUUGAGAUGGCGUCCGGGAAUCCGCAGUUCAGGCUGCACGGACCGAUGGUCAACAGAACCGGGCUGUACACCUGCGUACCAGAUAACAAGUCUCUGGAGCUGGGGAAGCACACCAUAGUCCAUGAAAAAGAAACAUUGUGCUCACCAUCCCAGACGCGUAGCUGUUCACCUGCCAGUGAGCCCUGGUCCUGGCCAGCUGGAUUCGUGUUGCUGAUCAUCUGCUGCCUGGUCAUCACUGGCAUCGCCAUCAGGAUUGGGCACAAACUCAACAGCAAGGACAGCAGCCAGAACGACUACAUCAACAUGAAACCCAGAGGUGUGACGAGUCACAGGAAGGCACAGCAGUCACGGAAAGCAUGUGGGCUCUGAGGACCUCUUCGGAAGGCGUCUGGCGAAAAGCCAGGAAGCCUGACGGCGAACGAACGCCGUGAGACGCAGUCAGGCUCCGAGCGAACAGAAAUACACGAAUAGAUAAGAAUCCCAGAGGAGGUGAACCUUACAGCAGAGACAAGAACUGCCGAGGAAUCCACACCUGAGCUACAGUCAUCUCCCCGUCCUCUUAAAGGAAAAUAAUUUACUGUGCAGCACGAAGAAGACCAUUCCUGCAGUGAGCGAUGCAAACUCUGAGCACAACGAGACCCAUGUUUUGGCAACCAGACCCAGCUCCAGGACUCUCGUCAGGUCCGUCCCCAUCAUCAGGAUAGACGUUUUAUAAUUUAUUCAGCAUCGUUCCCUGAAGUGGGUUAAAACUGAACGGUGAUGCUGGUUGUUGUUUGUACCCAUUUGUUUGUAUAUGUCAGUAAUCAAAUACAGCCCAGUAUUGUGAGCCAGUGUGUUACUGUCACUUGUGUGUCCUGUUUACAUUCCUCGGAAUGUCAGAUUUUACUUUAGGAUUUAUAGCUUCCACGUAAUUUCUACGAAGGCUUCAUUAGAAGCUGGAGUCCUGCUGAAAUUUGCGGCCUUUUUUUGCUUGGAGAAUACUUAUCUUUUGCCAUGAACACUAUCUAAAAUUAUUUAAAAUAUUUUAACUAAAAGAGAUGGCUAAUUAAUAUCAUUCAUCCAUCCAUCCAUCCAUCCAUCCAUCCCCAAUCUCCUAGCCGUUUUUAUAGUGAAGGACCAGGGAGACACAGGGAGCAUGAAACACAAGGUACCGACCCCCGAGCAUAGGACGAGUAUUAAGAAAAUGUUUUGUUGGGGCUCCCUGCAGAAUUCGCAUAGCAGAUAAAUUUUAUAUUAUUCUGGUUAAUAUGGCAUCAUGGUUGCUAUAGUUAUCAACCAUUCUUUAAAUCAACGUUUAGAUAAAAACGGAUACUGUCGGCGGAACUCCUGACGGUAGCGUAUUUACCUCAACUUCAAACUAAAUCAAGGGUAGAGCGCCCCCCUGUGGCCAAUGUCUUUUCACAAGUUUAGCCAAAACAUAAACGAAUUCAUAUCUGCAGUUAUUAUGUAUGCCUUUGCUCAUCAGUUAUUAAUGAAAAUAAACAUUUUACCAUAUAUCAAAAAUUUCAA